GAAGGCGUACUGUGCGGAUGUUUGGUCUGCAUCGCUGCAAAAGUUGGUGCAGCUUAUCUUGUAAUUCCUCCUUGGUGCGUGGAUCCACAGGAGGGCACUUGUAGAAAUGACGCUCACGGCAGCAUGUACAAUAGAUUGUGCCUGUCUUGACGUAUGGCUGUCGAAAAUGGUGCGCAAGGACAUUGUGAGCGUCAAAGACUUUCGACCACACGGCUACAGGCUGCAAGCGGGAUGCGCUACUGCUGCGGCGAGGACGGAGUUCUCACGUGACCCGAAGACGACAGGUGUUCCUUCCCCGAAUCUGGCUACGCCCCUGCCUACGCGGCAGGGCCCUUGCUCAGCUCGAACGUCGCCUUGCAGUACAAUUUCUAUUUCGGUACACGCUCUCCUGCGUCGACUCUCUACCGACGGGGGAAAUUCUGGCGUGUGCAUUUCGUCUUCCGGGCUCCUCAUCUUCUUCUAUCGCCUUGUAAUAUCUCUUCGACCGCCGCUCGUUUUACGUGGUCAAGCUCCGCAGCCACACACCACCAGGCCACCUCAGCCCCCACCGCGACUCGACCGCCGCCCAUUGCGGACUUGAUUCUUCGCGCAACGUGUCCCGGCCUGCGUGCGACAAC